UUCAUACCUUUCCACGACUCAACGUGUGGCCCACACUGGAUGCUGUUAGUCAUUGAUUUUGAGAAGGAGAAAUUGACCUACCUUGACUCUUUCCCCAUGACAAAGUCUUCCCACAACAUAACGCGGAGCAUAAAAACUAUGGCGCUGUUUAUGGAGGGAAUGCUGCAAAGUGGCAUAUUUUACGACAAUCCGAGCACACCUAGGCCACUGGUGUCGCAUUUUCACAUGUCUUUCCCCAGUGCCGCUGGUUCACAGGGCAUUAACUCGAAUGACUGUGCAGUCUUCGUCAUCCUUUGGAUGACAUCUGCAAAGGAGGAGGAAGGAUACAAAGUGGAGGUGGACAAUGGAUCCAGACUGCAGAUUGCGAUUGAUUUGGUGUUGGCGCCAUAUAAUAAACACAAGUCAAUCGUAAUGCAGAAUGCUGAAGAUUUCAAUGCGCGCAAGAAAAGAUCAUCAUUGCGUAAAGGGGUGUAAUUUGUAUGAUUUGUACAAUGUAUGAUUUGGACAAUGGUCGGAUUAUGUAUUAUGGGACAA